ACAUUCUGGGUUGUAAACCAAGUCUCGUGCAGAUGACGUGAUCUUCUCUAGUCUUUUUACUUGGUUUGUUCAUGCUGUGGUUACUCGUUGCGACUAGGUCGUUCUUGUCGUCGUACUUUGGAAGAAACGUGGGCGUGGCAGUCAGACAGGGUGCGCGACUUGCUCGUUUUGGGUCUGACUGGGUCGUAUAGCGUCGAGUAUAUAAGUCUGCGGCGGCCACUCCAUUUCCCCUCGCUUUUCAUGGUUGCUCCUGUUUAACGGUUUAAGAAGAACUUGGAUCUUGCUUGUUUUAGUGGGUAUUUUUCUGGGACUGAAGAGAACGAGAGAGAAAUUCUAAUCUGCAUCGAGCUCAAUAAGGGCGCAGUUUGAAAGAACGCAAUAAGAGAAUAAGUUGCGAGAGUUCCGGUGUGAAUUUUUGGGUGGUGAUCUAUUGAGCAAUGGCGGUGGCAAACAAGGACAUGGUUGGAGUUCAGGAGGAAACGCCAUCUGCACCGCGCUUUGAAACGCUUGUUUUUGAUCUGGAUGACACAUUGUAUCCCCUCAGCAGCGGUUUGGCGCACGCAUGUCGAUUGAACAUCGAGUCAUACAUGGUGGAGAAAAUGGGCAUUGAUCCUGCUAAAGUGCCCGACAUUUGCACCACGCUUUACAAAAGCUACGGCACUACCAUGGCCGGACUCUGGGCCGAGGGCUAUUACUUCGACCAUGAUGACUUCCACAAGUAUGUGCAUGGUCGUCUACCUUAUCACCUCCUCAGACCCGAUCCCAUCUUGCGCAAUCUCCUGCAAAGCAUGCCUCAACCCAAGUACAUCUUCACAAACGCGGAUAAGAUCCACGCCGCCGUAGUAUUGAAGAAGCUUGGUGUGGAAGACAUGUUUGAAGGCAUACUUUGCUUCGAGACCUUCAAUACACACUGCGCCAUUGCCAAAGAGAGACGCGAGGCAGGAGAGCAAGACGUGAAACUUGAUGUGAGCGUUCCAAUUGUGUGUAAACCAUCAAUUGCAUGCAUGGGGGAGGCAGUUCAGCUUCUGGGAAUCAAUCCUGCCAAAACACUCUACUUCGAUGACAGUGCAAGAAACAUCUUUGGAGGUAAGAGAGUGGGCCUUCACACGGUCUUGGUUGGAAGUCCGAUCGCGUGUGAUGGAGCUGACCACCACGUAUCUAGCAUUCAUAAUGUGAGGGAGUCCAUUCCUGAGAUCUGGGCUGAGCCUCACUUCUUCGAUGAGUUGCGACUCUCCCGCAAAAUUGCUGUGGAGACAGUUGCGUGAGCUGCAUUCAUGGGGAUUUAUUUUUCCUCCCUGUCGGUGGCAAUCAGUGUCCAUUUCAGGGGUGGUGUAUAGCAAUUAUAUGAUUUUGUCCUCGGAAACUUAUUCUAUUCUCUAGCUUUGUUACUAAGCACAAACAUUGGAUGUUCAUAGUGCUUGUACUUUUGAAACGAUGUUGUAAUUCUCUUUUCUAAAUUAUUUUCUAAGCAGUUCUUACCUCUCCAAGAAA